AGCAAACAAGGUUUCUCCAUAUCCUAAACAUCUACAAAUCGAGGAAUUUUUUUCAAAUAUUAAGAUUCAAGAACUUAAACAAAAAUGUAUCAAAAUUAUAAAUAAGGAAUCUAAAUUUAAUUCAUCAGCUUUAGCCUUGCUAGAAGUACUACAAUUAAAGGCCUUUAAUCUUAAACAAUUUAGUAAAGAAAAGCAGGCUUUAGGAAUUAAGGGUAUUUGUUCCCUGCUUCAUAUCAAAACCGACAUAGUAGACAUAUAUGAUAAAGAUACACAAUAUAUUGGAGAGUGUUUGGAUAUCUUGUAA